AUGAACGUCGUCGUCAAGGACGGCGCCAAAAUGAUUUAUGAUGGGCAAUGGUCCAAGAAGGCGUGGUCACUGCUGGUCUGUAUGCUCUCGCAGAAGAAUCUGAUCACGCGCAGAAACGUGAAAUUUUUCAAGAAGACCAAACAAUGGGUUAUCGUCGGCGUACUGCUCAACUUUCUUAAGCAGUACUGCCGCAUUAUCAUUGAGCACGUGACGGCAAAUGACAGCGCCAAGCUGCCGCUGCUCGAUAGUGUGUCAUCGCUUAAGAAAUAA